UUUAUUAUUAUUCGUUGUCUUUUCUCUCUCUUCAGGAAGCUCUGAAGUCUUUGGUCGUUCCUCACCGGAAGUUCUCUCUUCAACGAAGGUGAAUCUGCGAGGGAGAGAAGGAAGAAGAGAAGUCAGUCGCAUCGAACGUGAUCUCGAUUGUGGUUUGUACCCGCCAUUGUCUCCGUGUAAGUCCAACUCCCAUGUUCAUUUCGCUCUCUAAAACCCUGCUACGGCGCCCGUUGUUCUUGAACGCCGCUCUUAGAUUAAGCUCCGCCGCCGCCGCCGCCGCCGGCUCGAGUCGACCCUCUUUCGCAGUGUCUUAUCUCGUGAACUCAUGUGGGUUGUCUCCGGAAUUGGCGUUGUCCAUUUCCAAUUCCAACCGCGUCGCGUUCGAAACCUCGGCGAGGCCCGACGCGGUCAUUGACGUCUUCAAGAACCAUGGUUUCUCUCAAUCCCAGAUUUCGAAUAUCGUUGGGAGGGGGCCUCGGCUGCUUUUGGCGAGUCCUGAGAAGACCCUCUUGCCCAAAUUGAAGUAUCUGCGCUCCGUCGGCUUUUCCGGCUCUGACCUGGCGAAUCUGAUCACUGGUUUUCCUUACUUAUUGACUAGGAGCUUAGAGAAGCACCUCAUCCCCAAUUUCGGUAGGCUUCGGGACUUUCUUAGGUCCGAUAAGAAUGCGGUUGCAGCGAUUAGACGCAGUCCGAGAAUAUUGGUGAAAGGUUUCGAGACUACAGUCGAUCCUUUCGUCAAGGUUUUGAGAGAUAAUGGAGUGCGUGAAUCAAGCAUUGUGUGGUUAGUUCAGUGUCAUUCUAGGAGGAUGAUAAAUUGGUACGAUCAACUCGAGGAAAUUGUGGAGAAAACCAAGAGGAUGGGCUUUGAUGAUCCUUCUGCGGCAAAUUUCGCUGUGGCUAUGUUAGCGGUCAUGGGGAUGAGCAAAUUGGUGUGGGAGAGGAAAUUCAAUGCUUAUGGCAGGUGGGGUUGGUCUAGAGAUGAUGCCAUGAGUGCUUUUGUGAAUUGUCCUCGGUGCAUGACGAUGUCCGAGGAAAAAAUAACAGCAGUGAUGGGAUUUUUUGUGAAUGAAAUGGGGCUUGAAUCUUCAUAUCUUAUGCAACAUCCUAGGUUGAUCCCGCUGAGCUUAGAGAAACGGAUUCGUCCUCGAUGUUUGGUUUUUAAACAUCUGCUGUCAAAUGGUUUGAUGAAGAAAAAAGUUGCCUUUACCACCCUGUUGUCGAUGUCUGAUGAACAUUUCCUGGCAAAGUUUGUGACCUCUCAUAUCGGGGAAGCUCCGGAAUUACUGGAUAUAUAUCAGGAGAAGAAGCAUAUGGCGAUGGGGACACUGGUUCCAUGAAAUAGCACACAGUGCCAAAUGAUUCGUUUGCCCCUCUUUCGCUUAAGGUUGUCAUUCUGUUUAUUCUGCGCCUCAAGUUUUGGCUGCUGAUUCUUUUGAGCUGUAUGGUUUAUUGAUAGAGAACACCUACCAUAUUUUGUGAAAUCGUGGAGAAUGUCUAUUGUUUCAUAUUCUCCCUCCAAGUUGGUUCCUUAUUCGUAGGCUUCCUGGAUACCUUGCCUUAAGGUAUAUUGUUCAUUUGAAAGCACGGCCUAUAUGAUCCUUGAUUGUUGGCUUGAUAACAUCAAAAAGUUAAGUUGCUCAUGUAUGCUGCUGGUUCAUCUUUAUUUGAGCAAAGUUUUUCAAA